AAAACGACUUAUCUACUACAUAGCUACUCGGUCACUCAAAAGCCGAGAGUCCCCACCGGAAACUCACCUCCUCCUCCUCAUCCUCCUAUCCAGACUGGACACGUCAGCAUCGGUGUCACCGCCGGUGACCCCCCUCCGUCUCCGGCGAGACCCACCAACAAUAUCCGUAAAAUAUCGGUACUUCCACUAGUUUUCCUGAUAUUCUACGAGGUCUCAGGCGGUCCGUUUGGGAUUGAAGGCAGUGUGAAGGCAGCAGGCCCGUUGUUAGCCAUUCUAGGGUUCAUCGUCUUCCCUUUUAUAUGGAGUAUCCCCGAGGCACUCAUCACCGCCGAGAUGGGAACAAUGUUCCCGGAGAACGGAGGCUACGUCGUGUGGGUCUCCUCCGCCUUAGGACCUUACUGGGGGUUUCAGCAAGGCUGGGUUAAAUGGCUGAGCGGCGUCAUCGACAACGCUUUGUAUCCGAUUCUCUUCCUCGACUAUCUCAAAUCCGGUAUCCCGAUCCUCGGCGGUGGAAUCCCUCGAAUCGCCGCGAUUCUUGCGCUGACUGUCGCGUUGACUUACUUGAACUACAGGGGUUUAAGCAUCGUGGGUUUAGCAGCGCUCCUUCUCGGGGUUUUCUCCAUCCUUCCCUUUCUGGUGAUGUCUUUUAUCUCGAUCCCAAAGCUCAAGCCUUGGAGGUGGCUCGUGGUCAGCAAGAAGAUGAAAGGUGUUGACUGGAACCUGUAUCUCAACACUCUCUUCUGGAAUCUCAACUAUUGGGACUCCAUCAGCACGAUCUCUGGGGAAGUUGAGAACCCGAGCAAAACGCUACCGAGAGCUCUGUUUUACGCUCUGCUUCUUGUUGUGCUCUCUUACAUCUUCCCGGUUUUGACCGGGACAGGAGCUAUACCUCUUGAUCAGAAGCUAUGGACCGACGGUUACUUCACUGAUAUAGGUAAAGCUAUUGGAGGAGCUUGGUUGGGAUGGUGGAUUCAAGCUGCAGCAGCGACAUCGAACAUGGGGAUGUUUUUGGCUGAGAUGAGCAGCGAUUCGUUUCAGCUUCUCGGAAUGGCUGAGCGAGGGAUGCUUCCCGAGGUCUUUGCCAAGAGAUCGCGCUACGGAACUCCAUGGGUCGGGAUACUGUUCUCGGCCUCUGGUGUGGUUCUCUUGUCAUGGCUAAGUUUUCAAGAGAUUGUGGCUGCAGAGAACUUGUUGUACUGUUGUGGAAUGGUUUUGGAGUUUAUAGCGUUUGUGAGGCUGAGGAUCAAACAUCCGUCUGCUUCUCGGCCUUUCAAGAUACCUCUAGGGGUUUUGGGAUCCAUCCUCAUGUGCGUUCCUCCAACCCUGCUGAUCGGUGUCAUUGCGGCGUUCUCGACCCUGAAAGUUGCAGCGGUGAGCCUUGUGGCUGUAGUGAUUGGGCUUGUGUUGCAACCGUGUCUGAAGCAAGUGGAGAGAAAGGGUUGGCUUAAGUUCUCAGUCAGCUCUCACCUACCAGACCUGAUGGCAACUUGUCGCUCAGGUGUGGCCUCAUUUCGAAUACUCAAGACAGCACCAGCACGUGUAAAUCGGAAGCAC